GGCAGUAAGUUGAGAGACCCGGAGUCGUAAAAGAGAUGGCAACCAGUUGCCGCUGAAAGCGGAGGCGAAGCAUUGGUCCUUUUCACACGCCGCGCCCGCCCCGCUGCCGGUGGCCUCCGUAGACGGUGACAGCUCCGUUCUUGGGGCCGCGGGGGGGGCGAGGAAGGCGAUCUUUCAAUGAGCCUCUUGCAGGCGCUGCGACUCUGCCCGUGAAUCCCACGGCCCGUGCCGCUCACGCGCAGCCGUGGGGGAAAGGGAGUGAGGGGGCCGGUGCCGUAAAGCGCGGACGAUGUCGGGGCGGGCGGCGCCGCCGCGGUUCGAGAAGCGGGUCCUGGUGACGGGCGGCGCCGGCUUCAUUGCUUCACAUGUAGUCGUCUCUCUUGUGAAAAAGUAUCCAAACUAUCUGAUUAUAAAUCUGGAUAAGCUCGACUACUGUGCAAGCUUGAAGAAUCUUGAAACUGUCUCUGGGAAUGAAAACUACAAGUUUAUCCAGGGAGAUAUUUGUGAACCUGAUUUUAUAAAGCAGCUCUUCGAAACUGAGAAAAUAGAUAUAGUCCUUCAUUUUGCAGCCCAAACACAUGUAGAUCUUUCAUUUUGGCACGCCCUGGAAUUCACCUAUGUGAAUGUUUAUGGCACCAAUGUGCUGGUUGCUGCUGCACAUGAAGCCAAUGUGGAGAAGUUUGUCUAUGUUAGUACAGAUGAAGUAUAUGGAGGUAGCACUGAUGAGGAAUUUGAUGAAUCCUCACCAAAACGUCCGACAAAUCCCUAUGCCUCCUCUAAAGCAGCUGCAGAGUGUUUUGUUCAAUCUUACUGGGAAAGGUACCAAUUCCCAGUUGUCAUCACACGGAGCAGUAAUGUUUAUGGACCACAUCAGUAUCCAGAAAAAGUUAUUCCAAAGUUUAUAUCUUUGUUGCAACAGAACAGAAAAUGCUGUAUUCAUGGUUCUGGACUUCAGAGAAGGAAUUUCCUUUAUGCAACUGAUGUGGUAGAAGCAUUCCUUACUGUCCUGAAGGAGGGGAAACCAGGUGAAAUUUAUAACAUUGGAACUAACUUUGAGAUGUCCAUUGCCCAGCUUGCUAAGGAGCUAAUCCAUUUAAUAAAGAAGACCAGUUCAGAGUCUGAAAUGGAGCACUGGAUGGAUUAUGUCAAAGACAGGGCUUUGAAGGAAUUGCCUUUGGCUCACAUGAUGCCUACAAAUGACCUCAGAUAUCCAAUGAGUUCAGAAAAAAUGCACAACUUAGGCUGGAGACCCAAAGUGCCUUGGGAAGAAGGAAUAACGAAAACAAUUGAAUGGUACAGAGAAAAUUUCCACAACUGGAAAAACUCGGAGAAAGCUUUGGAGCCCUUUCCUGUGACAGACCCAUUUGCCCAGCUCAGCAGCCCAUAGUGUGGCACAGAACCUGAAGGAGUUUUUUCUACCUCAUAUGGUCUUUUCUUCAAAGCCUGCAAUCAGAUGGCCACGCUGGACUCUUAAUGUAUUCAAGAUACACGAACCAUGUUGAGUAAAGAACCAUAGUAUGGCACAACUUUGGGGUGGUUUCAGCACUUUAUAAGUUGAACCUCUUAGUUUCAGCUUUCGGUGCAAUACUCUAGUCUUACUAGGUAUUGAUUUAAAAAAAAACUGUAUGGAGUGAAGAAUAUUUAUAAUGAUAUAAAUUAGUGUACUGAAAUAAAAUCUGCCUUAUUAAGAUUAUUUAACUGUGAUUGCAGCUUUUGAGACUUGGAGUUAAAUUUGGUUUUGUUCUGGAAUUAUUCAUCUGUAUUAGUUUGUUUCUACAGUGUAAUUUAUAUUUUGUCACUUCAACAAGCUGGGUUUUAUUUUUAAUCAAGGGGAGAAAUUACAUGUUUUUUGGAGACUAUAAAUUGAUUGACAAAAGCUGGACAGAGCACCUCUAUGGUUCCAUCCAUUUCUCUGCUGGUGCACUUUUAGCUUUUGUAGUUGACUAAUCAAAGUUACCUACUCUAUAACUUUAAAUGCCCCUUUUAAGGGGAACAAGGGGGGGAAUGGUUCUCGAUGAGAUUUCCAGAAGCAUUUCCUUAAACUUUGUACUCCUUUUACUGUAUAACUGUCUAUUACAUGUUAACUCCUUUUUCUUAGCUGUAAUUGUAACAAACUUGAAAUACUGGAACACAGUUAACAUUCCAAUGAUCUUAUUUUCCUGUGAUAUGAAGGCUACUUAUGGAGAAAAUUUUUUAGAACUCUUCUUUUUCUGUGAAUUGUGGGUUGGCAGACCUUAAUUAAUGCAGUGUAUCACCAUUUUUUCUGUAAUAAACAUUUUAAAGAUAAAACAGUAUUUGAGUUUUAAUAUAAAAUUUGGAAAAAAACUCUGUCAUUCUAGAAAUAUGUCAAUGAAUCUUGUUCAAAGUUGUUUUCAUAAUAUUAUGGUGUAACUGGUUUCUCUUAAUUAAGAAGAACAUGCUGAAAAAGUAGAUGGUGGGUUUUUUUUAAAAAAUAUUUUUUUAUGUUCCUCUACCCUGAAAGAAUUACCUUCACUUCUUUGUCUUUGAAGUGAUCUGGCAAACAUAAGAAGAACCACUGUUCUUGGUUUUAUCACUUCAGCUUCUGUAGUUGGCCCAGUCCCUGAACCUCUGUGGGCCUGGGCAGAGCUGCAAGCAGCACAGGACUGGGAUGCUGUGGUGUACUCAGAGGAAGCUGUGACUCCUAAAGGGUCUCAGAAACUGGGAGAUAGCUCUUGAAACACAAGUGUUUCCAACUUCAUCACACCUUGUGGUGCAUGGUGCUGUUGGUAAAGUGCCACUUGUGGUUGGCAAGAGUAGGUUAGCCUAAAAGAAGGCUAACCAGGAAGUUUCUGGGCUUACUGCAGUGCCAAGUAUGGCUUUUAAAAUCUAGGAGCCUGUUACUGAAGGUGGGUUUUCUGUGACACAGUGGGAUAAUAAUACUAGAAUUGUGUGGCAGUUCCUGAUGCUUGCUUUGGAUGUAAAAGUCUCCAUUUGGGACAGAUAGAAGUUACAGGAUUUUGUAUGUAAUGAUCUGUUGCAUACUUGGCUUACCAGAUGUGUUUCUAUGGAUGAAUCACUGAAAUGUCGUUGUCAAACGCG